AUGGAGACUCGGAGCUGUGGAGUCCGACGUGUGUGCACCCUGAGCCUGCUGCUGGUGUCCGUGCGUCCGCUGAGCUGCAGCUCCAGCUGGAUGUGGCUGGGUGUGACCUCGGCGGGGGUCCCAGAGAAGCUGGGCUGUGCUAAUCUCCCUCUGAGCCAUAAACAGCGAGACCUCUGCCGAAAGAAACCCUUCCUUCUGCCCAGCAUCCAGGACGGAGCCCGGCUCGCUGUGUCCGAGUGCCAGAACCAGUUCAAACAUGAGAGGUGGAACUGCUCCACAAGUGAGCAGCCGCCAGUGUUUGGACACGAGCUGACCAGCGGGACCAAAGAGACAGCGUUUAUCUACGCAGUGAUGGCGGCGGGGCUGGUCCACGCCGUCACGCGCUCCUGCAGUCAGGGGAACAUGACGGAGUGCGGCUGCGACGCUCGGCUGCAGGGCGGCGGCUCGGCAGUCGACGGCUGGCACUGGGGCGGCUGCUCGGAUCACAUCCAGUACGGGACGUGGUUCAGCCGCAGAUUCAUCGACAACACAGUGAAAAACAUGUCGACGACCCGAGGAGGGUACACGACGAGCACCAUGAACCAACACAACAGUGAGGUGGGCCGACAGGCGAUCGAGCGGACGAUGUCCACAGACUGUCGAUGCCAUGGCGUCUCUGGCUCCUGUGCCGUAAAGACAUGUUGGAGGACAAUGGCGCCCUUUGAGCGCGUUGGCGUGUAUUUGAAGGAGCGCUACGAGAACAGCAUCCAGGUCUCCGACCGCUCAAGGAGGAAAACGAGGAGGAAGGAUCAGCGUCGCCCCCCUGUGGACAAACAGCAGCUCAUCUUCUUCAACAAGUCUCCAAAUUACUGCUUGGAGGACCGGCGCCGUGGCGUGGCCGGGACUAGGGGGCGCCGCUGCAACCGUACGUCCACGGGCUCGGACAGCUGUAACCUACUCUGCUGUGGUCGGGGAUACAACACUCACGUGGUCAGACACGUCCAGCGCUGCGAGUGCAAGUUUGUGUGGUGCUGCUACGUCCGGUGCAGGCGCUGUGAGAGCAUGAACGACAUGCACACCUGUAAAUAAGACUGCACACCUGGAUUACAUCACACCUGUAAAUAACCAGAGACACGAACAUUAGAUAGACGUCAG